UUCAUCGACAAGCACGUCUCAUGUGAGACGUUGCGUCCGGGACUCGAUAAUUACUACGCCCAACAACUGCAUCCAAACAUCUAACCUGAUCAGUGCUAGCUUUUCUAGCGCCUAAAUUGAGUAUGCCUUAAAUCGACGUACCUACCUCCAGGCAGUCUUCCCCAACUGACGCUCUUUCUCUCCAAGCUGCACCCAUCACAUUAUGGACGACACUAGCCAACAGCAUGACGAAACUCCCACUAAAACUUACAUCUUGCCUGCUUUGCCGACCGAACUGUGGCUCAAUAUACUCGACCAUGUGGUCACGUACGAUACUCACAUUUUUGGUCGCUCCCCUUGUUAUAUCAGAGGAAAAACGCGUGACCUUCAGAGACUACAAUGCGUAUGCAGAUCGUGGAGGGACAUGAUAAAGCCAGCAGUGUAUCGCCAUGUAGCACUUGACCGCAACGGCAGCCUUCCGGGACCCCAAGACAGUCAUGGUAUGGAAGCAGACCACAUCACAGCCCUGGCCCGGCUCUUAGAUCAAACGACCGAUUCUGGUCUUCCUAAAGCUUCCUGGGUUCGCUCAUUCAGUAUUCAAGAACAUACUGCGAAAUACUGGAAAUCCAAGAAAUUACGGAAGAAGGCAUUGUCCGACCUAGUCUUCCAUAUGACAAACCUUCACGAAUUCUGUUGCCGCUUCGUCCUCAACUAUCCCACUAUGGCAUCUAUUGCACGGUCGCACGGAUCACAGCUUACAAGAAUGGUUAUGCAUUUCGGUGGGGACAUCCAUACAUCAGAACGCCUUCUACUCUUGAAUCACUUUACGGCUCUGACAGAACUUCGUCUUAGCGUUUCCGACUCGUAUACGAUUGAGAUCGAACCACUUGACCUACCGAAUCUACGUUCACUCGAAUUGGUCACGGAACCGGCUACUGGCAAAUUAUUGGCUUGGCUCACCCACUGGAAUAUGCCCGUUCUUUCAGCUUUUGCUUACUUGAGGCCACCUAAUCUCUAUGCGUACGGAAUGCGCCACAAGCGUCUUCUGGCAGCUUUCAUGGCAAGACAUGGCGCUGGUUUGAAAACAGUAACCGUUGACUGCACUGCUCCAAAACUCACAGUUUUUCCCUAUACACCAGCGUUGGACAUAUAUAAGCAAAUUGAUAUACCGGAAGUCAUUGAAGGCCUUCCCAUAUCAGUGACGCAAAUUUUUACCUGCGAGUUUGGUCAGAACCUAGGUUAUCAGGUGCUAAGACUGGAGUGCCUAUUCCAGACAGUGCAAUCGCUGCCACCAGAACGCAGUCUGCAUACAAUCCGCGUGGUUUCGAGAGAUAAGUAUCUCGGUGGAUCGCCGUUUCUCUGGCGGGACAAAAUGAAGUGGGCAGACACGAGAAGAAUAAAUACUUGGAAAGAUUUCAACAAGUAUGCAGAAGGGCUACUGGAGCUGGGUGUUUCAAUGUUAGAUGAGCAGAAUAUCGUUCUUACGGACGUCCUCGAGGAGAUGAAGCCAUCGCAAGAGUCAAUCAGUACGGAGCUCCUAGAGAGCGCGACUGAUGCAUUGCUGGAGUCAGAAGAAUAGUGUACGUUGAGUACUAGAAGAGAGAGAGAGAGAGCCUAUUGUACCAUUUUAUAACAUACAUGUACUCACAUACCUCUCGUGAAACCCUCACACUCAACAUCCCAGUGUGACGGCCAAACCGGUCCCUCAUACCCAUCCCAACCACCACACAUCAUACCAACAGCGAGCAAUAGGCCUGCCGCACUCGGAAAGUACGGCGUAGGUACCCUCGUUCCACCCUCCGGCAUGCCCACCUCAUCGAAAGCAUUGUUCACAUCAAGCAACUGACUAACCGCUCGUUCUGCAUCACCCCUCCUCGCCUCCGUGAUGGCCAACAGUGAGAAGUCCCAGCCGUACGAGAAGGGAAAGUUCCAGGUCUCGUGUACCUUGGCAACAGUGUUGUUGAAUACUGUCGUGUUAACGCGGGAGUCUGGAGGUAACCAGCCUAAAGUUUGUGUGUACGAAGUCAGUCUAUGUUUCACACGCAGUUCGUGUAUGGG